AUGCACCUUCAAGGAGUUCCAGAUGAGAUAAUGUGCAGAGUUUUUCCAACCACCAUAAAAGGGCUAGCACGAGUGUGGUUUAACAAGAUACCUCCGAACAUUGUUGGUUCUUUUGAAGAGUUGAGUAAGCUGUUCGUCAACAACUUUAUCGGAGGACAAAGGCACAAAUGCUCAUCGUCCAACCUGUUGACUAUAAAACAAGGAGAAAAUGAGAGUUUGCGGUCCUUCAUCACUCGCUUCAAUAAAGAAGCCCUAACGGUAGAUGAGAUGGAUGACAAGUUGCUAUUAGCAGCCUUCCACAAUGGAGUCAGUUUGGAUUUAUUUAUUCACAAGCUUUAUGAUCAAGAGCCGCAAACCAUGAUUGAACUCGUCCAUUUAGUCCAAAGUUUCAUGAAUGUAGAGGAUGCAAUCAUUGCCAAGAAGAGGAAGAGAGCCACACGAAUAGAAGUAGACCUCCCACGCCAUCCUGAACAAGGACCUCGUCCAAAGAAGGCCCAGACGGGAGAAAAGAAAGUCAAGAUAACAGGAAGGUAG